AUGAUUCUGGGAGCAUCCAAGACUACAGAGACGAGUAUUGAAACAGCAGAUAAGGUAGUUCUCGUCGCUGCAGAACAGGAACUCAUAUACAUAUAUUUAAAUAGAACAUGGGACGGACCGGAGAUGAGCUACAAUGAUUAUAUCCAAGAGCCGUUUCCUAUUAUUCCCGCAACAACAGGCCAGAUACAUUGUUCUUACUCAUCAACAUUGUAUUUCCGUCUGUACAGUGUCUUAGUGCAAUUAAGACAAGUUGACAAUGCUACGGUAUUGCUCAUAGAUAAAACCCAAAUCGUAAAGUAUGAGAUUCGAGCCGUGACGUCAUAA